UUGAUCCAAAAUAUGCGCACAACGAGUCGAUUGCUGAGUUAUUCCUGUUUUCGGUUUCUUCACGUGAGGGGGCGCGUUCCAUACGGUUCAUCUGAGGAUGAGAUUAACCGUGUGCUCAGCUUUCAGCACAGUUUACCAGCACAUAUAUAAUGGGCUUCGAAAUAUGGUAUGAUCAUCGGCUUCCAGUACUGUUCAAUCAUGUUUCCAGCUGCAUCCCUGUUGACGACUCUCCUCCUGGCCUUGUCCAUCGCGGCAUCGCCUGUUGAAAUUCGCAGCUCCCCCAUCACCCUCCCCAUCGCCAGGAGGCUAAACACCUCUGGUGGUACCAUCAACCUCUUGCAGCACGAUCAGUCUCGCGCGGCCGCCCUCAAAAAUGUCGGGGAAAACACCCUCAGCCGUCGUACUGGUAGUAUUACUGUGACAAACGAUGCUACAAGCUACAUCGCAGCAGUUGGCGUUGGCAGCCCCGCCACAACCUACUACUUGAUUGUCGACACCGGUAGCUCGAACACAUGGGUUGGUGCCGACACUAAAUACGUGAAGACCAGCACCAGUGUUGACACUGGCGAGGCUGUAGCGGUCACCUACGGUUCUGGCUCCUUCUCUUUCGAGCCCACCACUUCGGAGUCAGACGCAAAUGGAGAGCUUACCUUCGGUGGAACUGACGCUACCAAGUACACUGGCGACAUUGCAUACACUCCUCUCACCACCACCUACCCUGCAUCCUACUACUGGGGUAUCAACGAGAGCAUCACUUACGGCACCACGACCAUCUUGGCUGAGACGGCUGGUAUCGUUGACACUGGCACCACCCUCAUUCUCAUUGCUACCAACGCCUACAGCGAGUACCAGUCUGCAACUGGCGCUACUGAGGACAAUGCGACUGGUCUUCUCCGCCUUACUACCGCCAAGUAUGAUGACCUCGAGGACCUGAACUUCAAUGUUGGCAGCAGCACCUACGCUCUCACCCCUAACGGUCAGAUCUGGCCUCGUGCCCUUAACACCUACAUUGGUGGUAGCUCCGAUUACGUCUACCUCAUUGUCAACUCCAUUGGCACUCCAAGUGGUGAAGGUCUCGACUUCAUCAACGGCUACACUUUCCUUGAACGCUUCUACUCCGUGUUCGAUACCACCAACUCCCAAGUCGGUUUUGCCACAACCGCAUACACGACUGCCACCACCAACUAAUGCAAUUUUUUUUCUUGGGUAUUGGGUAUUUGUAUGUCAUAAUGUAACAUUUAUCACAACCUAUAGAUCAAGUCUUUUGAAAGCAUUCCUGGAAACAAUUGUGACUGGAGUCGUAGUUGAACGU